GGGCGGGGGGACACUCCACCUGCUCCUGCCGAAGGAGGUGGGAAGAAGCCCGGCGUUGGCACCGGGAGGGUGCCCGCUCGGGGCCGACUGGGCGCUGUCCGCGCCGCGGGUGCUGAAAGGGCGGCUCCGAGCCCCGGCGCUGAGCUGCCGCCAUGGCCGCACUCUUCCGCCUCGUGUUAUUAAUGUACUUCAUAAAUACAGCUACUGCCCAGACUACUGACUGUCUGCACUUCAGUAAGCAAUGUAUAAAUGUUGCAAAUGGAUGUGAGAGUGUCUGGAGUAUUGUUGAAGAUGUCUGCAAGAUUUCAGUUCUAGGUAAUAGAUGCAAGGCGGAAGACACUAGUGGCUGUAAUAGAAUCAUCCAGGUCCUGGCUGACAAAUACCCAGAAUUUAAGAACUGUGUCUGCACUACAAAUGAUUCCUGUAGCAUCACAACUUUGCAUGGGAAACAAUGCAGGAUUGACAAAGAGUAUUUGGAAACUUCCUCAAAAUCAGAUGCUGAGCUGAGUUUUAGGCAAGACAGAAACCACCAAAACCAAAGACACACAGAUGAAAUAGCGAAUGACUGCAGCAUUGCAAAACAACGCUGUCAAGAAGACCCAUACUGUUUUUUAGUGUAUAAGAGCUUCCAGCAAGCAUGCCAGGCAGAGGCAGCAGAAUGCAGGCUCACAACAGGUGGCCAGGAAUGUCUGUCAGCAUGGAAAGAACUGAAGAAAACUGUGCUGGGAGAGUGCAAGUGCUCAGAGCCACUUCAAAUGAGAUGCCUUAAAAUAUGGAAGGGAAUAUUUAACAACCCUUGUUUACAAUACUCUCAAGGGAACCAAGUUUCAGCAGCUAGUAAAAACAAUGCUGAAGAUGAUGAUGAUGAUGAUGAUGAUGAUAAAGAUAAAAGACAGGACACUGACACAGAAAAUAUUAGUAUGGAAACAAAAUUACAAUGGAGUUUAUCUGCUCUCUCCAAGCAAGCACACACAGCAAACAGAACCUGUUUGGAUGUGAACAAGGACUGUGUUGAAGAUGAAGUAUGUAACAAACAGUUGUCCCUGUACCUUAAGGUCUGCUCAGUAAGUAAGAAGUGCAACAUGGAAGAAUGUCAAGCAGCCAUCAGGUUCUUCUAUCACAACAUGCCUUUGGAAGUUGCCCAGAUGAUGAUAUUUUGUGAUUGCAUCCAGCCUGAUGAAUCCUGCCACAGAGCCAAAGAACUUCUUCAUGGCAAGCCCUGUGCAGUUACUGCAGUUCCCUACCCAUCAUGCCUAAAUGUAAUUCACAUGUGUGAGGAAAAUGAAUUCUGCAUGAAAAAAUAUAAAACUUUCCAGUCAAAAUGUUGGAGACAAGUGACCAAAAAAUGCUAUGAUGAUGAAGCUUGUCUUGAAACUUUAAUUAAGGAUGACAUGCCCUGUUCUGCAAAUGCUGAGUGCAAAGCAGCCUACAUUAGCAACUGGGGCACAAUGCUGCAUGUGGAGUGCACCUGCCAGAAUUCACCUCCAGCAGAACAGCCAUUGUGCAAACUCUUCCAUCACAUGCUUCACAGCACAACCUGCUUCAGUGAGCUACGUCAAAUUUCAAUUAGGAAGAAAGGUUUUCAUUGGGUGAAUACAGAAGUACCAGGAGAAAAGCUUUCCAGAGCACAGCUACAUUCUUCUUCAAUUAAUGGUGAAACAGUCUACAUUAUUGCCUAUUCCUCCUGCAUAGUUCUCAUCCUAGGAAUAGUCCUGUUGACUCUCCUAAAGAUCAGACCCUGCAGAACAAAACAUGAGUCAAGAAGUCCCUCGCCAGACCAUUCUUCUGAAACAUUUAUGGUCCAUUAUAAAAGUCACAGAUGAACUACUCCGUUGCUUAUGCUUUUUAAGGCUAUUCUUGAAAGCCAGCCUGUUGUACAUAUGCGAUAGUAAAAUAUAUAUCAGAAAACCUACUAUAAAUUAUGGAAUUUUGUAGUUGAGCAUAUAAAAGAUUUUUAUAUUUAUUAACACGUAUUAAAACUUUCACAAGCAUUAAAGAAAAAAAAAAAAAAAAAAAAAAGUACUCUCUACUCUCCUUCAUUUGUGUAGAUUCACAGAUCUAUCCUGAGCUGCACAUUUACUAUAUCUGUAGACUCACAUGAUGGGUAUAAAUGCUGUAUUGGCUUGAAUCUGGCCUUUCAACAUGCCUAGCAGUGGCAAACUUUGAAAGCCACCCUUGGGAUCUGGAUUCAUCUGACAGAAAGGAAAAAAGAAGAAUCCACUUGGAUACAUUUCAGAGAGUUGUUAGAAAGCACAUAUGUGGGAGUUUUAUACACAAAGUUGCUCUACAAGUACCUAAUGGGGUAUUUGUGAGGUAGUAUGUACAGGCAGGCUGCCUGUAGUUUGAUGGCAGAGCACUUUGUGGGGUAGAGGGAGAGAUCACUAUUACAGCCCCUCAGUAUAAAGAGGAAUUAAACUCUGACUACCUGGGCUUUUGUCUUGAGCAGGAUGUUUUUUUUGAAACUAGUUAUUCUUUCUCCUCUGAGAUGGUUCAAAAAGAAAUGAGUGAGCCUUGUCGAUGUGAGAACCACCAUUUUAGACAACAUUCUGUGGUAUGAAUGCCCAGUGGAGAAAAAAAAUUGUUUGGGGCUGAAGUAAAGUGCCUAUUUCUCAAGAGAGAACUUGCAACCCCUUUCAUCAUCCCCGUUUCCUAUUUAUUGUCUCUAGGCAAUACCCAAACUGCCCAAUUCUCCCCAUGCACUUUACUGGGAGUUACGGGCCCUAACCCACCACUCUGGAUCCCACUUUGGGGCAAUGAGUUCUGGAUUUCUCCCUAUAGCUGAGUUGCUUUUCUAGAUUUAAGCUUCUAUUUAUUAGCAAUUGGUUGUCUUUGUUCAAUCUUUGUAAUGAUCAGGUUCUGGUCAGCACAAACUAAUGGACUGGCAUUUGUUGUAUUACUAUUACCAUAAGCAGCGUAUGUAUUAAUCAGUUAUGAUAACAUCUGAUUAAUCAAUUUGAUUUUGAAUUUGAUUAGUUUGAAUUUUUUCUGACUUCCCACUAAAUGUAACUCAGAUAACAAAUAACAUCAGGAAUGAAAUACUGGUUACACUGAACUCACUUCCAGUUUUGACCAUGACUGACUGAGAACAAAGGCAAGAAAUUUAGAAAUUCAAAUUUCUGACAUGAUCAGAAGAGCAAGGAUCUUUGGCGUGCAGUUAUAUUGGAUAGAGUUUUAGAGAUUUUAAACAACUGUUACACUAGACAUUUUCUCUUUCUUUAGGAUUUGCAUAAAGCCAAAAAAAAUAAAAAAAUAAAAAAAUAAAUCUGUCUUAUUUUGCAAUUAAAUGCUAUCUCAUUACUAAAUCAGCCUUUGGACAAAAUACAACAGAAACAAAAAGUGGAAAUUUGGGUAGUUUGCUAAUCAGAAUGAUCUCCUGUAUCAGUACAGCAAUUUGCAGCAUUUAGUAUAUCUAUGUAGGAAUUUUGAGAGUAGUGUAUUAAUAUUCUUAAUCUUCAAACUGUAAAGAGGAAAAAGUUUGAAUUUCUGAGAAUAGUCUUGAGAAUUAAUUUAUCAGUGUUGGUUAAAAUAAUUUCUUUAUACAGGAAAUAUGAAGUGAACCCUGUGUUGUUCAGUCUGACUUUAAAAACCAAUGAUGCAAUGCUCAAACAUCUGUGUCUCAAAAUUUGAAGAAAUCCAUUUCUAUUCAGAUUUAACUAAACCUCAGUCAUAAAAACAUCUCUUGUAACUUUCUGUCUUAUAAACUUUUCAUUUUAUAAUUAGCUUGUACCUGGGUGUUAGGAACUCUCUUCAUAUGUGUGCUUAAAAACAACCAUUCAGACACACAAAAGAUGUAUGUGAAACUGGGGUUAUGUAUGUGAGUUAUUCUAAAAGACAGGAAGAUAUUUAGCAGCAAUUGUAUUACUUGUGCAACUUUACAGGCUCUUUUGAUUAGGGCUAAUUUUAGUGCUCAAUGGAAAAGUACAUUUCCUCCAUUACAUAUGUAAAAUGUACCUGUAUCACAAUUCUUUUGAUUUCAUGGUGACACUGUAUUCUGUCAAUUGUAUCCAGUCAUUAAUUAUUAAAUAAAGGAAUCUCUGCUGUGAUGAUCUGUA